UCUAUUAUUCCUACUCAUAAUCCAAGAGAAGCCCAUAACAAGCCAGUAAUGGCUGCUCUGCAGAGGCGCCGGCACCGCAGCAAGCUGCUCCUGCCCUUCAUUCUGGUUACGCUGUGGGGGGCCGGGGCCAGGCAGAUCCGCUACUCUAUCCCCGAGGAGCUGGAGAAAGGUUCCUUUGUGGGCAACAUCGCUAAGGAUCUAGGGCUGGAGGCUUGGGAGCUGGCGGAGCGCGGAGUCCGCAUCGUCUCCAGAGGUAGGACGCAGCUUUUCUCUCUGAACCCGCGGAGCGGCAGCUUGGUCACCGCGGGCAGGAUUGACCGGGAGGAGCUCUGCGCUCAGAGCGCGCGGUGUCUGGUGAGUUUUAACAUCCUGAUCGAAGAUAAACUGAAUCUUUAUCCUGUGGAAGUGGAAAUAGUGGACGUUAAUGACAAUACACCUCGGUUCUUAAGGGAAAAUUUGGAAGUGAAAAUUCUAGAAAACGCAGCUCCUUCUUCUCAUUUUCCACUAAUGGAAGUCUAUGACCCUGAUGUGGGAAUGAACUCUGUUCAGGGCUUCAAGCUCAGCAGUAAUAGUCACUUCUCAGUGGAGAUGCAAAGCGAAGUCCAUGGGCUCAAGUACCCGGAGCUGGUUCUGGAGCGCACCCUGGACCGGGAGGGAGAAGCCUUUCAUCACCUGGUACUCACUGCCAUGGAUGGCGGUGACCCUGUCCGCUCAGGGGUGGCAAAAAUUCUGGUAACUGUCUUAGAUGCGAAUGACAAUGCUCCGGUGUUUACGCAGCCUGUAUACCAUGUGAAUGUUCCUGAGAAUUUGCCAGUAGGUACCCCGCUGUUGUUGGUAAAUGCCACCGACCGGGAUGAAGGAGUUCACGCAGAAGUAACGUAUUCCUUCGUGAAGAUCACGGAAAAGAUCUCACAGAUUUUCUGUUUGAAUGCUUUGACUGGAGAAAUUUCAACUUCUGCAAAUCUAGACUAUGAGGACUCAAGCUUUUAUGAACUGGAUGUUGAAGCCCGGGAUCCGCCAGGUCUGAGAGACAGAGCAAAAGUCUUAAUAACUGUCUUGGAUGUGAAUGACAAUGUGCCGGAAGUGGUCGUUACAUCUGGAAGCAGAACGAUUGCUGAAAGCGCUCCUCCAGGAACAGUGAUCGCUCUUUUUCAGGUGUAUGAUCGAGACUCUGGACCGAAUGGUCUGGUAAUGUGUUCCAUCUCAGAAAGUCUCCCAUUUGAACUGGAAAAAUCAGUAGACAAUUAUUAUCGAUUAGUGACAAAUACAGUCCUCGACCGGGAAAAGGUAUCUUUGUACAACAUCACUGUGACAGCCACAGACAAAGGAAUGCCGCCCCUGUCUACAGAAACGCUCAUCUCCGUAAACGUGGCAGACACCAACGACAACCCACCCACCUUCUGCCACACCUCCUACUCUGUCUACAUCCCUGAGAACAACCCCAGAGGUGCUUCCAUCUUCUCCGUGAAUGCGCUGGACCCUGACAGCGACGAGAACGCCCAAAUCACCUACUCCCUGGCUGAAGACAGCCUCCAGGGGGCGCCUCUGUCCUCCUAUGUCUCCAUCAAUUCCAACACCGGUAUUCUGUAUGCGCUGCGCUCCUUUGAUUAUGAGCAGUUUAGAGACCUGCAGCUGUGGGUGACAGCCAGCGACAGCGGGGACCCUCCACUCAGCAGCAACGUAUCGCUGAACCUGUUCGUGAUGGACCAGAAUGACAAUGUGCCUGAGAUCCUGUACCCCACCCUCCCAAUUGAUGGCUCCACUGGUGUGGAGCUGGCGCCCCGCUCAGCAGAGCCUGGCUACCUCGUGACCAAGGUGGUGGCAGUGGACAGAGACUCAGGCCAGAACGCCUGGCUGUCCUACCGCCUGCUCAAGGCCAGCGAGCCUGGGCUCUUCGUGGUGGGGCUGCACACAGGCGAGGUGCGCACAGCGCGGGCCCUGCUGGACAGAGAUGCGCUCAAGCAGAGUCUCGUGGUGGCCGUCCAGGACCACGGCCAACCCCCUCUCUCGGCCACCGUUACGCUCACCGUGGCUGUGGCUGACAGCAUCCCAGACGUCCUGGCCGACCUGGACAGCCUUGAGGUCCCACACGACUCUGUUGCUUCAGGCCUCACACUUUACCUGGUGGUGGCGGUGGCAGCCGUCUCCUGCGUCUUCCUCGCCUUCGUCAUGAUGCUGCUGGCGCUCAGGCUACGGCGCUGGCACAAGUCGCGCUUACUCCAGGCUGCGGGCGACAGAUUAGUGGGCGUGACAGCCUCUCACUUUGUGGGCGUGGACAGGGUGCCAGCUUUCCUGCAGACCAAUUCCCACGAGGUCUCCCUCACCGGGGACUCAGGGAAGAGCCACAUCAUGUUCCCUCAGCCCAACUACGCGGACACGCUCAUCAGCCAAGAGGACUGUGAGAAAAGCGAGCCUCUUUUGAUACAGGGAUAUUUAGGUUUAUGUGAAGAGGAAGACUCCCUUGUUCAGCUACUCCUCUAG